CCCGGCCGGCUUGGCUGAGAGGGCCGGCCACCCCAGCAUUGGGGUUUUCAGGGACAUCCAGAGCCCAAGCCGGAUAACCACCUGUUGGAGCGGGGCCGCGGCUCCUGCGCUCGCGGGUCACAGCCCGGGCGGCCCCUUCUCUCGCCCGCUACGAGCGGGUGGCUCGGACCUUAUCCCCAGCGCGGGGAGGAAGGACCGCUUAUCUCUCCAAAGACCGUGCGCUUUGACGCGGGCCCACUACGCCCCUGCCCCCGAGGGAGGCUCCGCGCUGGGCCUGAAGCGGGGGCUCGGGCAGCUCCCGGCUGGCCACGCCGCGUGGAUGUCCUAUAGAACCACCAGAACCGGGAGGGCACUUGCUCUACCCCUCAUCCCAUCCCCGGACGGGGACACCCGGGCCCGGGAAGAGGAGGGGACGUGCCCAGAGUCCCACCGCGGGGAGGCGGCUGCGGAUCCCCCCUCGAACCCCGGCCUAGCGCCCCCUGGCGGGCCGGGGGCUCCGGGACGCGAGCGCGCCCUGACCCGCGGGGCGCAGGCUGAGGGUGACCCAGCGGCCCGCGCGGCUGUCCUGGACGCUCGGACACCGGACAGGAAUAACCUGCCAGGACCCAGAGGCCCAGACCAGGCGCUGCCUUCCCCUGCGGCGUGCCGGGGCAGGGGCGGCGGCGGGGGAAGCCCAGGACCACCGGGGGCUGCUCGGACAGAGCCGGCAGUGGCUGGAGGCCUGGGUCCCAGCGCGCUGUGGGACCCGGGCGGCCCCUCCUCUCUCUGGGCCAGUUGGGCUGGACACGGAUCCCCUGCUGCGGCGUGCGCGCAGGACGCGCGGCGGGACAGCGGGCGGCGGCUGCUGCAGCGGGCGACCCGGCGCCGCCGCGCCACCAUGAGGGCGCGGCCGCAACUCUGCGAGGCGCUGCUCUUCGCCCUGGCUCUCCAGACCGGCGUGUGCUACGGCAUCAAAUGGCUGGCGCUGUCCAAGACGCCGGCGGCGCUGGCGCUGAACCAGACGCAGCACUGCAAGCAGCUGGAGGGCCUGGUGUCGGCGCAGGUGCAGCUGUGCCGCAGCAACCUGGAGCUCAUGCGCACCGUGGUGCACGCCGCCCGCGAGGCCACCAAGGCCUGCCGCAGGGCCUUCUCCGACAUGCGCUGGAACUGCUCCUCCAUAGAGCUGGCCCCCAACUACCUGCUUGACCUGGAGAGAGGGACUCGGGAGUCCGCCUUCGUGUAUGCGCUGUCUGCGGCUGCCAUCAGCCACGCCAUCGCCCGGGCCUGCACCACCGGCGACCUGCCCGGCUGCUCCUGCGGCCCCGUCCCAGGUGAGCCACCCGGGCCCGGGAACCGCUGGGGAGGAUGUGCGGACAACCUCAGCUACGGGCUCCUCAUGGGGGCCAAGUUUUCCGAUGCUCCUAUGAAGGUGAAAAAAACAGGAUCCCAAGCCAAUAAACUGAUGCGUCUACACAACAGUGAAGUGGGGAGACAGGCUCUGCGCGCCUCUCUGGAAAUGAAGUGUAAGUGCCACGGGGUAUCCGGCUCCUGCUCCAUCCGCACCUGCUGGAAGGGGCUGCAGGAGCUACGGGAUGUGGCCGCAGACCUCAAGACCCGCUACCUGUCGGCCACCAAGGUCGUGCACCGACCCAUGGGCACCCGCAAGCACCUGGUGCCCAAGGACCUGGAUAUCCGGCCCGUGAAGGACUCGGAGCUGGUCUAUCUGCAGAGCUCCCCUGACUUCUGCAUGAAGAACGAGAAGGUGGGCUCCCACGGGACACAGGACAGGCAAUGCAACAAGACGUCCCACGGCAGUGACAGCUGCGACCUCAUGUGCUGUGGCCGUGGCUACAACCCCUACACGGACCGUGUGGUCGAGCGGUGCCACUGCAAGUACCACUGGUGCUGCUACGUCACCUGUCGCCGGUGUGAGCGCACCGUGGAGCGCUACGUGUGCAAGUGAGGCCGCUGCCCCAGGCUCCAGCGGGGCCUAGAGACGCCCGCCCGUGGGGCUUUGCUUGUGAAUUCCAGAUGCCGGGUGCGGGAGGUGCCGUGUGGCUUGCCUCCACUUGGAAGCCACCAGGAAGAGAGGCCUGGCCACCCUGGAAGGAGGGCCGAGACAUCAAAGGACACCGACAAGAUUAAAAAUAACCUGGCAGCCUGAGGCCCUGCAGGGCCCAUUUGCAGCCUCCAGGCUGGUCUACGGAGCCGAGGACAUGGGUUUGGCAAAACUAGUAUGGACCCGACCUUUCACGGCCAGAGACACCAGCCCCUGGGGAAAGGGGUCUGCCUGCUCUCCUCGGAACGGCCCUCGAGACCCCAGCCCACCCCAGGCUCCGAGCCUGCGGGACCCACCAUGUGGAACCACUAGCUUGGGUUGUAAAUGGUUUUUUGUUUUGUUUUUUUCUUUCUCUGGGAUGUGGGAGCUACAGAAAUAUUUAUAAAACAUAGCUUUGUCUUUGGGGUGGCUCGCCUCAAUUCCUCUUUAUAUAUUUUAUAUAUAUAAAUAUAUAUAUAUAAUGAUCUAUAUUUUAAACAAGCUUUUUAAAAACAGCUGUAUGAAAUAAAUGCUGAGCGAAG